GCUCCACCAGCGUCGACUACACCACUUGUUCAAUCGUACUUUCUCCGCUUCAAACUACCUGUACAAUGGCCGACGCCGCCCCCAAGAAGGACGCCAAGAAGAAGGCUGCCAAGCCCUCACACCCCAAGUACAGUGACAUGAUCGCCGCUGCCAUCAAGGCCUUGAAGGAACGCAAUGGCUCUUCUCGCCAGGCCAUCCAGAAGUACAUCGCCGCUAACUACAAGGUUGGUGAUAGCUCCGAGGUCCAGGUGAAGCUUGCCCUGAAGAGGGGUGUCGCCAGCGGAGCCCUGAAGCAGACCAAGGGAACUGGUGCCUCUGGUUCCUUCAGACUCGCCAAGGUUGAGGCUAAGCCCGCUCCCAAGAAGAAGCCUGCCGCAAAGAAACCCGCCGCCAAGAAGCCAGCAGCUAAGAAGGCCGCCAAGAAGCCAGCAGCUAAGAAGACCACCAAGAAGCCAGCAGCGAAGAAGGCCGCUAAGAAACCCGCAGCUAAGAAGCCUGCAGCAAAGAAGGCCGCCAAGAAGCCAGCAGCUAAGAAGCCCGCCGCCAAGAAACCCGCAAAGAAGCCUGCAGCCAAGAAGCCCGCAGCUAAGAAGGCAAAGAAAUAAGCUGUUCAGUGCAAGACUAGGUUAAGGGCAUCCAGCGGUGCGAUCAUCAUGUUUCUGUAAGAAACAAAAUAAUUUAUACCAUUUAAACCUGACGUUCUCAUGUACAAGAUUUUUUUUGUGUGUAAAUAUGAGUAAAUAUAUAUAUAUUUCAUAUUA